AUGGCGGCCCCCGAGCGCAAUCCAAGCGCGAUUGAGUAUGAGAUUCUUGAUUUGAGUGAAACAUAUGGAGGAGAUUCGUUGGUACCCAACGAAAUCCCAGCACUGUGGGCGGAUAUGAUAACACCAGUGGGAACAGAAGAAGUAGUGAACCUUGAUGUGGAACAGGGAGAAGCUCUAGAGCGAUGGGAGGCAGAUAAGUUCAAUGACGGUGAUGCAGGUUCGGACACGGAGACAGUUCGUCGGAAAGAUACACCAUACUCGUCAUCUUGGCCAAAGAGGGUCCGUAUUGCAAAAGAGCCUCCUCCUAGGCCUAGCGCUCCAGGACGUACUAGUGCACUGGAGAAGUCAAUAAGAGGGUUUGCAAACAAGGAGAGUGAAUCAGUGAUCAACCCAAAAAUUGCAACAUCAUUUGAUUCAUUGCAAGAUGCUUAUGACUUCUACAACUUGUAUUCUUGGGAGAUAGGAUUUGGCAUUCGCUACGGCAAAAGCAGAUUAAAUGUUGAGAGGGUCAAGUGCAUGCAGGAAUUACUGUGUGGUUGUGCGGGGAAACCAAUUAGGUUAAACAGUCGUUCAUUCAGAUGUGAAUGUCCUGCCAUGAUAAGGCUUCAGCGCACCGAAGACAAUGGGUGGUACGUCACUGAGCAUCGAGUAGAUCAUAACCAUGCAUUAUCGAAGACGUGUGAGGAGAAUUUGCGCUGGAAGUCACACCGGUAUAUUGACAGGUACACAAAAGAGCUAGUUAAACAACUCCGUGAAAAUAAUGUGAACACAAGUAAGGUCCACAGUAUUAUAGGUAGUUUCUUUAGGGAGGUUGAGAGCGUGCCCUUAACAAAGAGAUCUUUGAAAACAUUGUGUGGUAAUCUCAGUCGGGAGCAAUCAGAUGAUGACAUUAAGAAGACAAUUGAUGUGUUAAAACAAAUUCAAGUUGCAGAUCCCAGUUUGAUGUACACUUUUGAGGUGGACAAAGAGAGUAGGGUAAAAUCUUUGAUGUGGACUAAUGGGCGUAGUAUAGAGAAGUACCAGUAUUUUGGAGAUGUGCUAACAUUUGACACAACGUACCGAACAAAUCUUUACGACUUGCCGUUUGGCAUUUUUAUGGGAGUGAACAACCAUUUCCAGAGGAUAAUCCUUGGUGGGGUACUUUUGAGAGAGGAAUCCACAGAGAGUUUCAAAUGGGUUUUUUCAGAAUUUAUGAGGAUGAUGGGUGGCAAACCACCACAGACAAUUCUUACCGACCAAGCUCAUGCAAUGGAGGUCGCAUUAGCCUCUGUAUUGCCAAAUACAACACAUCGAUGGUGUAAGUGGCAUGUCUUGAAGAAAGCAAAGGAAUGUCUGGGACCUUUGUACCGAAAAAAUAACGAUUUUAGGGCAGAAUUCCACAACAUAGUGCACCGCAUGCUGACCGAAGAAGAGUUUGAGGAUGGUUGGGCAAUGCUGCUAAGCAAGUACGGACUGCAUAAGCAUCCUUAUCUUACACAGAUAUAUGAGGUAAGGCAUAAGUGGGCAAAGCCCUACUUCCGCACUAAAUUUUGCGCAAAGAUGACUAGCACACGGAGGAGUGAAAGCGCAAACAACAUGUUGAAGGUUUAUGUGCCACCUGCAUGCACAAUGCAUUUGUUUGCAAGGCAGUAUGAAAAACUUCAGUUUGACAGCGAGUCGGAAGAAAGCUACCAAGAGAGAAGAACGUUUCUGGGUGGCGUUGUUCUGAAGGUAAACCUACCUAUCGAGAGGCACGCUAGCAAAGUUUACACGAAUGCUAUGUUCGAACAAUUUGGACACAAUCUGCUUGAGUCCGGUUACUAUGAUGUGGAAGAAGUUGAGAUUGGAAGAAGAUACCUGGCAAGGCACGUUAAUAAUGGAACAAGAGAAAAAUGGUGCAAAAUUGUGUAUGAAGUGAGAGUUGAUGAACAUGGCGAACUUUUUACAUGCAUUUGUGGUAGCUUCGAACAUACCGGAAUGCUUUGCUGCCACUGCUUGAAGGUCAUGGUACAUCUGGGUGUUGAGAAGAUACCGACCAAACAUAUUCUGAAAAGGUGGACAGUUGAUGCUCAAGAUGUACUGCCAAGCAAUUUGGUUCACUAUCAACAAGAUAGAGGGCGUACAAAGUUGGUGUCAACAAGGCAUUCCCGUCUAUACUUGAAAGCACUAGAACUGGUAAAGAUGGGAGAAUCAAACAUUGCGUCAUAUGCUGCUGCUAUGGAUGUGCUAGUCGAAGGAUUGCUGAGGGUGGCACCACUGAGUUUGGUGAAAGAUGGGCUCGCUGAGAACGAACUUGCUACCAAAUCGACAGCAGCUUGUAUUGAGACAGUUACUGAAUCAGGUAAUUCGGUAGAUGGCGAUUUCAGCAUGGGAGGAUUGUCAGCAGAAAACCGUCCGCGUGUUGCGGGAAGACCAGAUGCAAGCCGUGAGAAGGCGCCAUGUGAGCAGUCACUGAAGAGAUCAAGGUCAUGUUCUAUUUGCCAUGAGCGUGGACACAACAUCAAUACAUGCCCUGAAAGAGGAGAUGCUCCUAAGAGAGAACGAAGGUCAUCACGCUGCUCUAACUGUGGAAUUACUGGACAUCGGAAGAACACUUGUGGGAUUCCCAUGUACCGAGAGUUCACGGCAAUUUCAGAUUUUCAUUCAUACAACAAUCUUAGCUGAAUUGCACUGCUGUUGUUGCACUUAUAUCUACAUAUGUAGUGUUUUGACUUAUUUUCCAUGUUAGCAGGGCCGCGUGUACACUUCUCAUUUGCUGCGCUGGCACAGCUGGGUCCGUAUCGUGGCACAGGAGUUUUGGUUAGCUGUUUUCUGUUGAGAUAAUAUUUUGUUUCAAAUUUGUCCAGUGCUUCCAGGCCCAGCUUGUCAGUGGAGACUUCGGCAUUCCCGUAUUUCUAUGGAUCACGCUAUCCAUGAUAGUUGACAUUUUAUUUCGGCUGUUAAAUGAAGGACUGAGUAAUACUUUCGUGACAACUUGUUUCUUGAAACUCAAC